ACAAAAAAAACCAACCAUUUUUAAACUGUUUAGAGCCAGAAGCAGUCUCAUUCAAUGUCGGCUCUUAUGGCGUUAUGCAGAGCUCGAGCUUCUUCUUCUUUAUUCAACACCAUGAUUCGUCCAGCAUUUCGCUCUUUCUCCACAGGUUUUGCUGAGGCGCAGAACAAAUCAUUGGUGGCGCAAAUGAAAGAAGAGAUGCUCCACAUGGACAUCAACUCAAUGGUAGGCAGUUCCAUGCCACUAGGUAUGAUGCGUAUCGGAACAAUCAUCUACAACAUCGAGGUGAACCCAGGGCAAGGCGCCAAGAUGGUCCGAGCUGCAGGAACCAACGCCAAGAUCCUAAAGGAGCAUGCUUCAGGGAAAUGCUUGCUGAAGCUUCCGUCAGGGGACACCAAGUGGAUCAACGCCAGUUGCCGUGCUACGAUUGGCACAGUGUCGAACCCGUCUAACGGAACCAAGAAGCUGAGGAAAGCAGGACAGAGUAGGUGGUUGGGGAUAAGGCCCACAGUUAGAGGAAUCGCCAAGAAUCCGUGUGAUCAUCCACAUGGUGGAGGUGAAGGAAAAAGCAAAAGUAGUGGAAGCCGAGGUGGGACAUCGGUUACUCCCUGGGGGAAACCGUGCAAAGGCGGUUACAAAUCCGCUAGUGUCAAGAAGAAGAAGAAGAAGCGUUUGGCUGCUGCAGCUGCCAAAAUGUGAAGAACA